AUGUUCACCACCACUCGCAGCACAGACCAAGUGGAUAGGAGAAUGGUUUCCAAAUGCUUAACGGCAUAUCAAUUAAGGUCUAGAUCACACACCUGUCAUCCGCUGUUUAAGGUCAUCAAGUGUAGGGGGAAGGGAUGGAACAUCAAUAUUGUCUUUGUUUCUACACUAGGACUAAGGCCGGGAGAUCUUAUAGAACAUGCGAAUAGAGCAAGAUCCAGUCAUCUAGCGACCAAUCCAACUACCGACUAG